ACAGGGACCAGACCCAGGAAAAGGACUUGAGAGUAGAAAGAGAAAGCAUAGAGUGGUGGAAACUUAUGAGUGACUGGAGAGAGAGAGAGAGAGAGAGAGAGAGAGAGAGAGCUCACUGCAAUGUUAUGUUAUGAGUCUGAGAAAGCUGUUUUAGGGAUUUGGUAAUUUUCUUUGGCAACGUCGAUUCAAAGUCUUCAGAGAGAAAUCGCAACAGCAACAACAAACUACUCUGCUCUCUCAAAAGUGUUGCCAAGAAAAACAGCGGUUUUUGUGUGACUCAAGAGCACAAAAGCACAAAGCGGUGUUGUAACCGAAACAGACCCAAACAAGAUGAUAAAAACCCACCUACUCUAUACUAAUUAUCAAUUCAAUGCUUACAUAACCGUCGCCUCUGCUGACCUUCUUUUGCUAUCUUUUUCUUGCUCUGGCCAUUAAUGGGGUAGUUUUUACUGCUUCAAGAAAUAUUAUUGUUGUUGUCUUUUUUGUUCUGUUUCUCUGUUACGACGUUGUUUUGUGGUCGUUUUGAUGGCUCAUGUUGAGAGUAAUCCUAGAGGUGGUUCCAUUUCUCAUGGGGAAAGAGGAGGAGAUGAUCUGUAUACGGAGCUAUGGAAGGCAUGUGCAGGUCCAUUGGUGGAGGUCCCACGGCCAGGGGAGAGGGUUUUCUACUUCCCUCAAGGCCACAUGGAACAAGGUGGGGUUUCGAAGUCUCAAUUUUACGUGGUUUGAUUAUCUCCAGCUGGAAGCAUCAACAAAUCAGGAGCUAACUCAACAAAUCCCGCGGUUUAAUCUUCCUUCUAAGAUCCUCUGCCGAGUUGUUCACAUUCAACUACUGGCAGAGCAAGAGACAGAUGAAGUCUAUGCUCAGAUCACCUUGCACCCAGAACCAGACCAAACAGAGCCUACAAGCCCAGACUCGUGCCUACCCGAACCACAAAGGCAAACAGUUCAUUCUUUUUGCAAAAUUCUAACAGCUUCUGAUACUAGCACCCAUGGAGGGUUCUCCGUUCUCCGAAAGCACGCCACUGAAUGUUUGCCUCCAUUGGACAUGAACCAAUCAACUCCAACACAGGAAUUGGCUGCUAAAGAUCUUCAUGGGUAUGAGUGGCGAUUUAAACACAUAUUUAGAGGCCAACCAAGGAGACACUUACUCACAACAGGGUGGAGUACAUUUGUCACAUCUAAGAGACUGGUCGCCGGAGAUGCUUUUGUUUUUCUGAGGGGUGAUAAUGGGGAAUUGCGGGUUGGGGUUAGGCGUCUUGCUCGUCAGCAAAGCCCCAUGCCUUCAUCUGUGAUAUCCAGCCAGAGCAUGCAUUUAGGAGUGCUUGCUACUGCAUCUCAUGCUGUUACUACUCAGACACUCUUUGUUGUGUACUACAAACCGAGGACAAGCCAGUUUAUUAUUGGGUUGAACAAAUAUUUGGCUGCCGUAAACCAUGGGUUUUCUGUUGGCAUGCGCUUCAAGAUGAGAUUUGAGGGAGAAGAAUCUCCUGAGAGGAGGUUUACAGGAACUAUAGUCGGAGUUGGAGAUAUUUCUCCACAGUGGUCAGGCUCUAAAUGGCGGUCAUUGAGGAUACAAUGGGAUGAGCCAGCAACAAUUCAAAGGCCAGAGAGAGUUUCUUCAUGGGAGAUAGAGCCUUUUGCAGCUUCUGCUUCUAUAAAUAUUCCUCAAACAGUGGUAAAGAGUAAAAGGCCCAGACCUGUGGAUACUCCAACAUCGGAAAUCACUACCAAUUCAGCUGCUUCGCCUUUCUGGUACCAUGGAUCAACCCAGUCCCAUGAGUUUAACCAACUAGGCAGUGUGGCUGAAACACAAAGCUGUGAAAGCCAAGUUUUUUGGUCUAUGAGACAGAAGGAAAUUGAUAGCAAUCUUCUCAAUAGUAACAGCUGUGGUAACUCGAGGGUCCAACCAGAGAGUAUCUGGCCUUCUUCUCCUCACAUGAAUGUCUCUCUCAGCCUUUUCCCUGAUUCAACUGAAGACAACAGAACUAUAACAACACAGCCCGUUAUUUCUGGAUAUGCCUCUCCUAUUCCAUCAAGGCAAAUCAAUAACCUGAUCCAUGACCAGGUGGAGAAGGGGAAAAAAUAUGAAAAUUCUGUAGGCUGCCGUUUAUUUGGAAUUGAUAUAACAAGCAAUUCCAAUGCUGCUGCUACUCCAGAGAAGGAGGCUUUGUGUCCAACUGUUGACUCCCAUGGCACUGAAGGACCUGCUCCAGCUUCAAGUGAUUCUGACAAGGCUCAAAAUAUGGAUGUUUCAAAUCCCUUAAAAGAUCAGAAGCAAGGUGCAUCAGAAGUAGUGCCAAGAGAGACACACAGCAAGCUAGGUUCCACUUCUUCCACAAGAACUCGUACAAAGGUGCAAAUGCAAGGAGUUGCUGUUGGUCGUGCUGUUGAUCUGACAGUGCUGAAAGGGUACGGAGAUCUUAUAAAAGAGCUGGAGGAAAUGUUUGAAAUCAAAGGAGAGCUUUCCACUCGCGACAAAUGGGCCGUUGUGUUUACUGAUGAUGAGGGUGAUAUGAUGCUUGUGGGUGAUGAUCCGUGGCCGGAGUUCUGUAAGAUGGUUAGGAAGAUCUUAAUAUAUUCAAGUGAGGAAGUGAAGAAAAUGAGUACUAGCAGCAAGUUUCUUGCAUCAUCUCUAGAGGAUGAAGUGACAGUGGCAAGCUUGGAGUCAGAGCACAAGUCGGAUAAAUGAAAGUUUGGAAACCCUUUUUGUUUUAAUUUUAUUUUGUUUGGAUGGUGGAAGGAAGGAGCCUUUAUUGGUGGUUCAGUUUGCUCAGUUUUUUUUGAGCUUGCAGUGGAUGGAAGUAGAGUGAAGGAUAAGCGUAAUCUUGGUCUUGGUUCUUUGACAAAGGAUGUAGCAGGAAAAGACUGUCAAAAACGGUGGGGAAACUUAGAGAAGCCAGGGUUAGAAAUGGAAAUUUGUGUAUACCUUGUUUAUGGGUUGGUAUGGACUUAAAUUGAAUCACCCUGUAAAAAUUAUAUAUGUAAUGCUUUUUGGUUUUUUUGGUGGCAGUUAGUUCUUGGUUUCUUGCGAA